AUGGACAUAAAAAUCAGAAGACAAGAGGGUAGCAAGCCGGAGGACUGCCUACAAACAGUUCCCCAAGAGAUCAUCAACCUCAUCAUCGAUAUUGGUGUAGACGAAACAAAAUAUAUUUCCGAGCUGAAUUCUUUCCUGCUGACCUGCUCCCUCAUUUCACGCCCCUUCCACGCAGGAGCUCGUUUGCACCUCUUCCGAGAUGUCAGGGUCACAUUCGAUAGCAGGGUGCAGAAACGGGCGAAGAAAGCGCUCAAUAUCUUGAGGCGAAACAAUGGCCUCAUGCUAUCGCACGUCCGUCGGUUCUUCCUCGUAAUCGACUUCGCAGAGCUCAGACGGAAGAGGGCCAAAACCCCGAUCUGGCGCAGGAGAGUUGCCGGGUGGGUUAAUCAUUUACGGCGGGAUAACUUCGCAGACCUCCUUCGGCUCCUCACACAGGUGCAGCUCAAGGAUGUAGUGGUCAAGACAAAGGACCCACAAAGAUUUGGGUAUUGGUAUGACGCUAUGGCCCCAAGUGUGGUUCCUCUCGUCUCCGCACUGUGCUCCCAGCGGACCGUUCGCUUCAUCUGCUUCAGGACGAUUCGGAACGUCCCUUUUUCGUUAAUUCGAGCAGGCGUUUCGUCUACCAGUAUCGACGAACUGACGGUGCGCAAUGUAUCUGUAGUAGGCGCCGAAGACGCUACUAUGGACGAAAAUUUCUCCCCAACACUGAAGACACUGGAACUCACCCAUUCACGGUUCCCAUCCAGCCUCUUUUCCGCGUUCUCUGCUUGCACCAUCCUAUCAUGUUUUGCGAGAGUGACAAGUUUAACCAUCUCCAGCCCGAAUUCAGUCGAUCAGGUAGCCCCAUUUUGGAAGAUCGUCCAGAGCCUACAAUUACUGGAAAGCCUCAGUGUGAACGUCUCUCCUGGCAGCCUACCCAGGACCGAGCUCUCCAGCACCAUCCGGCUCGACCAACUACCGCUCCUUCGAACCCUCAAAUUCACGGUGACCUCCAAGGGCUUUCCGGGGUGCUGCUUCAACGACGGCCUGGGAGGGGUACUCGUCUUCCUCCGGCCGCCCACAAGCUCACCUCCCAUGCCGCAGCUGCGUUCGUUCGAGCUCUGCGUGCACUCCAAGAUCCCGGACGACGACGGCCUGAUCCUCGCUUUCCUUCUCGGCGACUUCCUUCCCAACCAGUGGCGGGUGCUCGAUGCCACCCUGAUGGGCAUUGGGCGCCACCCGGGCCUGCAGCGAGUGAAGAUCUGGCUUCACUUUUCUAUGGCGAGGAUCAUGGCGACGCUAGGGGACCAUGAACAAAGGGAGAUGGCGGAGAGAAAGGCGAUGGUCACGAGGGACAUGCACUUGCUGGCUGCGGCUGGACGAGCGGGGUCCAUCGAAUUCGAUAUAGAGACACCUUGGACGUACGAGUUCCGUGAUCCGUUUAUUUGA